CGAAUCUCAAAAAUGUUUUCAGAGAAAAAUCGUGAGAAUAUUACAAAGCAAUACCUAUUUGGAAAAGUAGAAUCAUAGAACAGUAAAGGUGUUUAAAAUGGAAACACGAACGUUUGCUCCACGGGGAAUGGUUGUAACACCGCAUCAUUUGGCGACGCAAAGUGCUUUAAGAAUUUUGAUAGAUGGUGGAACUGCCAUGGAGGCAAUGGUUGCUGCUGCGGCAACAAUUGCCGUUGUGUAUCCACAUAUGAACGGCAUUGGUGGUGAUGGAUUCUGGCUCAUCGUCCCACCGAGAGGUGACUUUGUUGCAAUAGAGGCUUGUGGGGCAGCCGGUAGUUUGGCUACUGAUUUUUUUUUUAAAGGAUAUGGUAGAAUUCCUUAUCGAGGUCCAAAAUCAGCUAUUACUGUUGCUGGAACUGUAGGUGGAUGGGAAGAAGCGUUAAAAUAUGUAACUGAAAGUGGUUAUCCAAGAAGACCUCUAUCUAAGCUACUGGCAGAUGCUAUUAGGUACGCGGAAGACGGAUUUCCUGUAUCAUCUUCGCAUAUGGAAGCGCUUUUUAAAUUCGGGAUAGAUGAAAACACUUCUCAAGAAUUUAGACAUCUUUUUUUACCAAACGGAACAAUACCUAGAGAGGGUCAACUAUUUCAUCAGAGGAAUUUGGCAAAAACGUUCAAACAUCUCUCACGUAAUGGCUUAAAUAGUUUUUAUCGAGGCAAUUUAGCAAAAUUGAUUUCAAAAGAAAUGGCGUCCCUAGGAAUGCCCAUUACAGAAUCAGAUCUUGCAAAUUACUCAGCCAUUAGGCGGACUCCGCUGAGAUUAGCACACUCGCAUGGUGAAGUUUUCAACCUACCUCCACCGACACAAGGUCUACUUUCGUUAUCAAUUUUAGGAAUCUUAGAUAAGUUACGCAUCGAUGGCCAUCAUGAAGGUCAAUUUAUUCAUGUAACAGUCGAAGCUACAAAACAGGCAUUUCUAUUACGAGACCAGCAUAUAACCGACUCUCGUUAUAUGAAAGUCGAUCCCCAGACGCUGUUAUCACAUCGCUCAAUUUCAAAAAUGGCCAGCAAUAUAAAUUUCAAUCAAACAUCCUCAAAUGGGAAAGGCGAAGGUCCAGGAGAUACAAUUUGGAUGGGCGUGAUGGACAAUUAUGGCUUUUCAGUUUCAUUUAUACAAAGCAUAUAUGAAAACUUUGGGAGUGGAGUUGUUUUACCUGAAACGGGUAUCUUGUGGCACAAUCGUGGUUUUUCUUUCAAUCUGAAGAGAGAUGAUAUAAGAUCGUUAGUACCAGGAAAGAAACCGUUCCAUACUUUGAAUCCUGCUGCUGCUAAAUUGAACGAUGGCCGUAUAAUGAUAUAUGGUACUAGAGGUGGCGACGGGCAGCCUCAGACACAAGCUGCUAUCUUCCAUAGAUAUGUUGUCCAGGGAAAGACUCUACAGAAAUCCAUUUCUGAGCCCAGAUGGGUGUACGGACCAACUUCCGCUGGGAAUCACAGUGAUUUUUUACAGCUAGAGAGUAGAUUUAGUAGUGAAGUAAUCGAAUAUCUUAAAGAACGAGGACAUAAAGUUAUAAUUCUGCCGCCUUUUUCGGAAGAGGUUGGCCAGGCAGGUGCAUUAGUUAGAUACCCAGAUGGCAUGCUUGAAGGCGCUUACGAUCCGCGAAGUAAUGGGAAUGUAGUAGGCUUUUAGUUACGUUAGUUAAUUUUUUUCUAGUAUUUUACUUUUCGUAAAGACUUAAAGAAGGCUGACAUCGAACAAAGACUGAAGGAGAAUGUGAGGAUAGGUUCUAGAUAAUGUAUUUUUAUGAAAUAAGUACGAGUGUUUAGUUCGCCCUUGAUAUAAUAUUCUUAGUGAUGUAGUAAUAUUAUCUCAAAGGGACUACAUUUGUAAAACCUAGUCGUAAGUUAAUAAAACUUAUACAAACAUAAAACCGCCAAUAUAUCUCAAGGGAUCUGAUUAGCGUUAACCCAAGGAAAAAAGAUGUAAAGCUUUGUGGAUUAUCUAUAUGGCUUUUCUUGUGAAAAAAAUACCAUCAUUUCUGAGAUGUUUAAUGUAUUCUAUACUCUGUUAAUUAAAAUUUCUGCCUCUUUGGUUGGGUAGUUUUGAUUGCCGGUUCGGCCCAAAAAUUAUUAGAUAUUUUGUUUUUUGGUUCAGUAAUUAUCACCACCAGUCUGGAGUUAAGGUUGGUGUUGUGACUCCCUAUGCCACAGAGAGCACGUCAGGCCUAAGUAACCUAUAUGUGACAAUAAUAUUGAAUACCCGCCAACCACCUAUGGAAUAACGAGGUGGGUAUAUUUACACCACAUCUAUCUUAAAAGAUUUUUCAAAGCU